AUGCCAAAUAGAAAAGAGAAGAACAAAUAUUCAAAGGUCGCAGAACCCAAGUCUUUUUUUCGAGAAACAUUAAAGGAAAUGGAGAAUAUCGAUUCUACUGGUAUUCUCAAGUGCGUUGACCAACAUGUGGUUGAUACUUAUAAUGCUAUAAGUGCUGCUGCUAAAUUAGGAUCAUGCCUGAUGCAAUGUGCAGCAACAUUUGAUUAUAUUGGAAUAUCGUUUCUUAUAAUAGCCUCCAUCAUAAUAACAGAGUAUUAUGGUCUAUACUGUUCACCGUUUGAACGUAAUUUUUACAUGACAUUCACAGCGCUGGUCGGAUUAGUUCCAAUAAUUUGUGCGAUAUUUCCAUGGUUUGAUUCAAAAAGAUUUAGAUUGUUUCGUGUGAUAUUGUUUAUAACACUCGGAUGCUCUGGUGUGUUUCCAUUAGCACAUUUGGUAUAUAUUCAUGGAUUUAACCAUAUGUGGGAUUUCAUUAAUCCUAUUAUAUCAAGUUUAUUUGCCUAUUUGACGGGUGUAUGGAUCUAUGCCAAUCGAUUCCCUGAAAAGAAAUGGCCAGGGAAAUUAGACAGAUUUGGAAUUCACAGUCAUUCUGUGUGGCAUGUUUUCGUUUGCAUAGGAAUAUACGAACAUUAUAAAGCUUGUCUAUGGUUUUUCGAAAAAAGAUUAUCUGCGAGCAAUUGUUCCAUAUGA